CUUCUCUUCUGUAUGAACGAACAUACCAUUUCAUACCUGGUGAACAAGUCGCAUGAGCUUAUAAUCUAAGAAGUACUCUUUUGUGAGGAUGGUUUCUGGGACUCCACCCACUGCCCGCAGUUUUCGGGCCCGCGCGUGCGAUAAUUGCCGUAUUCGCAAGAUCAAAUGCGACAAAAUUAGUCCCUGCUCGAGCUGUGGCACCUUGGGGAUACCGUGCAGACCAGUUGGAACGCCGUCGACCGCUCCAGACUCCCCUCGGAGCAAUACACCAAAUGACUAUGAGCAGCGAUUCUCCGCGUUGCAAGAACAGCUCGCCACAAUUCAGAAGACGCUCGAGCGAAUCAUAUGUCCAUCAAGUUCAUCUGGUCCAAUCAGGCCGGUUCAAGAGCCAACACCGUCAGGACCUACAAUACCCCCUUUCGAAGGCCAUUCGUCUUUUCACCAUGAGACACUCGUCGCUAGGGAUGCUGCCUAUUCUGCCGCAGACACUUCGCAUAAUAGCCAGUUAGGUGACUACGUGUCGGCCGCACUUGCGUCCCUCAAGACCAACCUUGAUAAACACCGCGCGUCAGUAACCCAGGGGGAGACACAGACAGCUACUCAGCCAAAGGAGAUAUUGCUUCCUGUCGAGUUGGUUGUCGCUGUGGUGAAGAAAGUCAAAGCUCAACCUCCUUUCACUCUGGUCAGCCAGUCUUGGUUUGAUGCAACCCGCAUAGAGACUUUGUGUCAUUCCAUAUACUUCCCGCUUGAACCUGUUCCCGCCGGGACAUUCGCACUUUUCUAUGGCCUAUUUUACUAUAUAAUCCGCGACUACUUACACGCACAAGACCCUGACCUCGGGCGUUAUAACUUAUCGUCAGCACUGGAAAUUUGCGAGACACAGCUCGAUGCAGGUCUUGCUAGCCCCACAAUCAUGAUCGAUCCAACUUUGGAGAAGAUACAGGCUCUGCUGAUCGGGGUCACCAAAUCACAAGAAGAAUUUGAUAUUCAGCGCUGCUGGACAUACUUGUCAUUGGCCUUCAAUAUGUGUCAAACCAUGGGACUACACAGGCGCACAGCAUUGAGAAACGACCCACUACCGACUGCGGAGGCUAAGCGCCAUGCUUUUUGGGCACUGUACACUAUUGACAAGAACAUUUCCUUGAAUAUCGGCUUGACGUCUCACUUUCAAGAUCAUGACAUCGAUGCAGAGUUGUUCACGCCAUCAGAGGACCCUAAGCAACGCCCCUGGGACUUGAUGAGUGUUGUUCGCAUGGAGUUUGCCACAAUUCAAGGCAGAGUCUAUGAUCAACUUUAUUCUACGUCUGCUUUCCGAGCUAGCGAUGAGCAAAGAGCUGCAGCGAUAGAAAAACUUUCCUCAGACCUAGAGGCAGUUCGGGACAAAUUGCUAGCAAUCGACGUAAGCAUGGGUCUUUAUGCUGACUCUUUGCACGGAAUUGCGGCCUGUGCAGAUUUCAUUGCCUACUCUGUAUUGACGGUCAUUUACCGCGCUCAGACACGACCAGGUGAUGCUAUGGCAAUUUCGUCUCGUUGCUACGAGAUCGCUACAUUAGCACUACACAGUCACCUCAAAUGCUUCACAUACUUCCGCGGUCGGCAAACUCACAAGCAGACCGAAUAUGUUAAUUGGAUUCUUCUUUACCCUUCCUUCACACCUUUCAUCAUUGUGUUCACCCAUGCUAUUACCACCGCAAGCGCCGUUGACCUGGCCCUCCUUCAGGAUACUGUCAGCUCCUUAGAGCUGAUCAAGGGACUCUCGCGAGGCUCGUUGCACCUGUAUACAGUCUGUGAAGCAUUUGUCAAGGCUGCCCAAGUCUUGGUCAAGUCACGGCAAACAUUGUCUGGCAUUGAACGCCACCAAGAUGGAUCACUUGUUAUGCCAGCUGCGGAUGGGGCGACUAAUAUCGCCUUCCCCAAUGUCUCUUGGCCGGAAGACACUUUUGAUUCCCUGAUGAAUCAGACUGACAUCUCCAUGUUUCUGAACGAUUUCAUUGGAGCUAAUCGAUCGGUGAUGGAUAUCUUAAGUUCAGAUUACAUGAGCUAAACAUCUC